AUGGCUACGAAACGUGGGCGUAAAUCUAACAGAACAGUUCCUUACGAUCCGGAAUUUGUAGAAAAUUGGACAAUCGCUCGAUUACAACAAGAACUUCAUUUAUUGAAUGUGCCCUACCGGAGUUGUUCUAAGCGUAUGGAACUUGUUAAAAAAUUGAAGGAGGCACAAGCGGCCCUGAGAGGUGCGGUAUCCCAGCAUGCCCCGAGCGACGCGAUUGCAUCCCAUGAUGCUCCGAGACAAGAUGGCCGCCAGACCGGAAGUCCGGAACGGGCAGAUUCUACCAGCUUACGAAACAUGAUUUCCAGCUUAGCAGACAGUGUUAACACUCUCCAGAACUGUUAUUGCAGGUUGGAGAAUAGCGUACUCACGCUCACUCAGUCUAGAUCUGUGCAACCUACUUCUGCUGCCGCUGCAGGUAGUUCUCGUCAAAUGGCGACUGAUGGUAUCCGAGCCCCGACUCCUACCACCCAUGUAGCCAAUUCGCCGUUGAUGCAUCCCGGUUCGACAUUGGCGGCGGUCACAGAAGAAUUUACACUGGACAGUGCGUAUCGGAAACUUCAAGAGGAAAGUAUUCCUUCCGGCGAUUCAGCAGAUGUGCAAAUUCAGACAGCUGGCACCUCAAGCAGAUGUACUACCAAUUCCAUGUCUGCCUAUGGCCUCAUUGAUGAUGAGCUGAAUACAGCGGUUGAUAGUUUAUGGAACCAUGCCCUUAGUGAGAAGACUCUGGCUACUUACAAGUCCGGUUUGAACUGUUUUGUGACAUUUCUGGUUAUGAGGGGAAUUGCAUGUGCUGCUAAUUCCCUUCCCAUUGUUGAUGAAGAUUUACUUAUAUUUUUUGUGACAUACUGCCAGGAAGCUUUAUGCUUGAAGUUCGACACUAUUAAACUCUAUUUAGCUGGCAUAAGGUUUCAUUACAUCAAGUUAAACUUGGGGGACCCUCUCGCAAACACCAUGCGGUUAAAUUACAUCUUGCGGGGCAUUAAAAGAACUCAGGUUAAUUUUUCCAAUAAGCGAUUGCCUAUAACCUUUAAGUUGCUUAAUCAUAUGUGUAUAACUAUUUCUAGUAGUCAAGGAUUGUUUGAACCAUUUGUCAAAAAAUGCUAUGCUGUAUUUUUCAAACAGCUUUUUAUGGUUUUUUGAGAUGUGGAGAAUUUACCUGUAGGAAACUCGGUGACCAAUCAUACCUUCGUCUUAGUGAUGUCCAUGUUCUACCAGAUAAGUCCAGUUUCAUUUUGUAUUUACGUUCUUCAAAAAUGGAUCCUUUUGGUAAAGGCGUUCACAUAAGAAUUUUUGAUAAUGAGGUUUUACAUCCUGUGUUGACUAUGGUAAAUUAUUUAAAGGUCAGACAUUCUCUCGGGGCAACUCCUACUUGCCCUUUGUUCAUCGAGGACUUAUUUAAGUCCAAGCCUUUAAUGCGUCAUACCUUUAUUUCUUACCUUAAAGCCUGCCUGUCCCUCAUAGGUGUGAAUAGUAAAGAUUUCAACGGUCAUUCUUUCAGAAUUGGUGCCGCCACUUCUGCAGCAGCGGCCGGAGUCCAAGACCAUGUUAUUAAAGUCUUGGGACGAUGGUCAUCAGAUUGUUUUAUUCGGUACAUUCAUACUAAUCCAGCCACUUUACAGUCGGCUCAACUCAAUAUGACUGUUUCUUAACCUUUAUCCCUUAUCAAUUGGGGGCUCUCGCUCGUAAGCUCAUUUACUCGCUCAUUUUUGGCUUUUAAAUUCCGGAGGAAUUUCAUCCCCCAAUUUUAAAAUCUCCUUUUAUUUUUAGCUUGUUUCAUACAUGUCAUUCAAAAAAUUUUAAUAUAUUAGAUGUGUGUAAAUUGGGGUCAAACUUCUUAACAGGGUCCUUUCAUGAGUCAAGUCACUGCUCUGUAACGGUUCAGAGUCCAGAGUCUUCUCAUUGGUUACCUUGGAGUCAAGUUUGUCCUAGUAUUAUACUAGCUGCUCUGUGAGUCAGUGUCAGAGUCAAGUCACUUCUCUAGAACCGUCAGAGUCUCUUAGAGUCAAGUACUUCUCUAUACUCUUACAGAGUCUAGUCCUAUCAUUCCUGGCUUCUCUGGAAUCAGCGAGUCAAGUUGCUUCUCUGUUCAUCAGAGUCAAGUGAUUUCUCCUGUUCCGGAGUCAAGCACAGUUCACUUUACUUCGCUUCUCUGAUUCACAGAGUCAAGCUUGUCGCAAGUAAGUUUUCAAUAGUUUGCUUAUGAGUGAGUAGCCCCCGAUACGCCAAAGAGAUAGUUACGCCCAAGAAAUUGUUUUGGCUACAGAAGACUUCUCAACAUUAUUAAUAAACAGCUUUAUUAGUA